GAUUGAGCCUCUCUCGUUCUUUCUCUGCAGAAACGAAUUUGAUAACUAUGUGGCCGGUGAGUCAUCAUACUCCAAUUUGGAGAAGCCCGCGGAAGUGGGGAAUUUCCCCGAAUCUUUCCUUAGGGAACGGAGUAUUCACGUCAAUUCAGGGCUCAGUUUCUCGCUAGAUGACUAGAAUAGGAGAUGAUUGAUUCAAGUCACUUCAAUUUGUAAGACAAUUUUCAUGCUAUGCAGGAAUAUAUACGACUUUGUCCUCGAGACCGGUCUUCUCCAAAUCCCAGCACAGGGAUCGGGCAUUCGGACUGCCCAGAUUCUUGGUCAGUAUCAGCUAUAUUAUUAUAAAUUCGUACGGGGUCGGUCCCUUUUCGCAUUGUGUUUUCAUUCAUUGUGCAAGCCAACCUGUGUUGUCUCCAGCUAGGAGCUCGAGCAGACACCUCCCUACCACAGGAGAAAUGCAGACCGACGCAGUAUCCAGCUCGAACGAGUCGACGGCCUCGACUAUAAGAGAGAGCAUGUCCCCGCCUCGUUCACAGAAUGCCGGCCCUGAAUACAUCUGCGAGAAAAACGCACCGGUCUCAACCGACGAGAUCGAAUUUCUCUACCUGGAGCUCGAUACACCUCUUCCAACACCGUGGAUCACUGCACCCCCGGGACCAGGCCAAUCUGCGCCUCCUGACGCCCCGAGGCUCGAGAAGUUUGCGUCUCCGUUUGCGUGGCCGAAAUGGCGCAAGUCCAUGAUGACGUGGAUCUCCUGUGCAGUGACGGCGCUGGCAGGCUAUUCCGCGGGCGAAAUUACCUCUUCCACCUCGAUAUUGACCAAGGAGUGGGAUAUCAGUCCGGUUGUAUACAACCUGGGCGUCACAAUUUUCUGCAUCGGAUUCGCGCUGGCCCCUAUGGUUUUGGCUCCGUUUUCCGAAAUCAACGGUCGUCGGCCCAUUUUUGUCAUUAGUGGGAUUGUUUUCACGGCUUGUAUUAUCGCAUGCGGCGGAACGAGAUCAUUUGCUGGUCUCCUUGUGGCACGAUUCUUCCAGGGCGUGGGUGGAUCGACCUUUUCUACCAUGGUGGGUGGUGUCAUCAGCGAUAUCUAUCAUGCGCACGAUAGAAAUACGCCCAUGGCCCUCUUCUCAGGCGCAGCGCUCUUUGGAACCGGGCUUGCUCCGCUCCUCUCUGGUGCAAUUGUCCACCACACCACCUGGCGAUGGAUCUACUACUCUCACGCGAUAGUUUCGGGGUUCUUCGUGAUCCUGAUCUUCUUUUUCUUCAAGGAAACCCGUGGCAGCGUCCUUCUCAGCCGCAAGGCUCAUGCGGUGAACCAGUACUAUGAGCAACUCGAAGCUGCAGGCCAUUUCGGCGUCCUUAUGGGCGAUUCACCAUAUCCUAAACGUAUUAGGUGGAAAGUCAAGGCGGAUGAACAAAGAGAGUCCCUGGCGCAAAUGAUCAGUAUCUCGCUAUACCGGCCCUUCCACAUGCUUGUCACGGAGCCCGUGGUUUUCUUCUUCGCCCUUUGGAUUUCCUUCAGUUGGGCGGUCCUCUACCUCCAGUUUGGCUCCGUCCCGCUAGUCUUCAGCGCCAAUCACCAGUUCAACGUCGAGCAAAACGGUGCUGUGUUCAGCGCAAUGUGUGUCGGGGCCCUCCUCAUCACCACGAUUAGCAUCUACCAAGAGAAAAUCGCAAACCGCUUCGGGUUACUGCCCAAAAGCCCCGAGGCCCGACUGUACUUCGUUUGCAUCGAAUCCAUCCUCAUGCCCGUCGGUCUCUUUUGGUUCGGAUGGACGAGCUUCUCCUCUGUCCACUGGAUUUCCCCCGCCAUGGCUAUCGGCUGUGCCACGAUGGGAAUCUUCUCGGUCUAUUUGGCGGCCUUUAACUAUCUGGCUGAUACAUACCACCGUUACGCAAGUUCCGCUAUUGCAGCCCAGUCAUGCUGCCGAAACCUGCUGGGUGGUGUCUUUCCCCUCGUGACAAACGCCAUGUUCAAUAACCUUGGGUUCCCGGAAGCGUCUAGCUUGCUUGGGGCGGUUGUAAGCCAGACAGACCCCUUCCUCUUACACCGAGCCUGUCUGCUAACUAUCUCAGGGUGCGAUUCUCUGUCUGGUUCCAUGGGUGCUGGCCAUUUAUGGACCGCGGAUUCGUUCGAACAGCAAGAUGGCUAGUGAGCUCAAUCGAUGAAUUAUGAGGAAAGAAAUUAUUAUGCAUGGC